ACAAACAGAACAGUGUAAAGGCACUGAUUCAACUAACUACUGACAGAUUAUUAAUGUCCUAUUUCAUUAGAGAGAGAGAACACGCUGCUUACUGGAGAGAGUUAUUGUUAGCUAGGAGGAAGACAUGGAGGGUUCAACGCUGACACAGAGGAGGGCUGAGUGUCAGUUGAAGGAAAGUGAGAUCCAGACAGACUACAUGAUGGAGCUGGGAGCCAGGUUGGCUCUCGUGAGACAGAUCCAGAGGGAGCAGGAGAAGGAGAUGAAGAGGAUUUGGUUUGAGACGAGGAAAAUGCCAAGCCUGAUUGAGGAGAAUGUGAGAGAUGUGACCAACCGUCCACUCACUGAGUUCAUGGCUCCCUGUAUUGACUCCCUCCCACCGCUGGCUUUCACCAAUCGGAGGCCUAUACUAACCAUGUUACAUCCCCCCUCUCCAUUGGCCAUACGCACUCAGGAUGCACAGCGGUUCAUUGUAUUUUCAUACUUUGUCCCUGCUGAGUGCCCAGUUGCUACAGAGGCCACAGCAGAUGUAUCUACUCAUAAAAGAGAGGACUUGUUGACAGAUACAAAUCUUUCCUCAUUGCUGCAUCGAUACCUGCCACACUUCUAUAACGAUGAGUCCAUUCCACCACAGCAGACAGUAGAGGGAACCACUGAGGUCUCAGUUGCUCCAGUGGCAAUAUCUAAUAUAAAGGAAGAGGACAGAUUCUAUCCUUUCUCCCUCCCACCACUGGCUCAGCGGUUCGUUGGCAAUUCAUUCAUUGUCCCGGAAACCUCCCAGCCUGCUGUUUCAGCCACAGAGUGCCGAAUUGCCAAAGAGGCCACUGCAGACACAGCCAGUGUCAAGAGAGAGAACCGAUGGGCAGCCAGAAGUCUUCCUUCAGUGCUGCCUCCAAGUCUGCCACCAGUCUUUGACAUUGACUACAAACUGCCAGAGGAGGCAGUAGAGGGAACCAACAAGUGUCCAGUCGCCAGUGAAUCUGACGCUUCCGUGUCCGCUGUCCUCCAAGAGGAGUUUUCAGCUGAUAAGAGUCUUCCUGCACCCGCAGCACUGCCUCUAAGGCUGCCCUGCACCCACAGCAUUGACCACAAACAGCUAUGGGAGAAAGUUGAGGACAACACAGAGUUCUCAGUAGACAAAGAAGCAACUGUUGCCAUUUACACUUGGGAAGAUAAAAGUCCUUCAGUUCUGCCAUGCAUCCACAACAACAACGACCACCAACUGCCAGAGGAGACAGUUGAGGACAACACAGAGGGCUCAAUUGACACCGAGGCAAGUGCAGUUGCACCCACUGUCAAGAGAGAGGAACUGACAGGUGAUAAAAGCCCUGUCCGAGCAAUUCCUCCAAUCCUGGGAUGCAUCCAUGACAAGGACCACAAGGAGCCAGAGCAGAAAGUGAAGGGCCCUAGUGAAGAGGUGGAUCUCUGCCCUCACACUCACCAGCUGGACCCAGAUGUUAACUUAACUCUGGCAACCCGCAAUGAUGAACCCAGGACCUGGACCCUGGAAGAGGCAAAGGAUUAUUGGAUAGGCAUUGAUAUUGAGAGUGAAGAGAGGAGCGUCAAGGAGGAGGUGAGACAGAGGGAGGGAUUGAAGCGUGAGGCGGACUGUGCCCAUUCCAAGAGCUCCAAUGGGAUGGCUUCAUCAGAGAGAGCAGAGACCAUCCUUGGAAGAGUGGGCUUUCUGGUCAUGAACCACAUGCAGAAAAUCCCAUUUUUGAAGAUGAAGGAAAAAGAGAAAAAUAAGAAACUGCAUAAGAAGUUGAAAGAUGAUGAGAAAGGAGAAGAAAAACAAGGAGGAGGAGAACAAAAAGAGGGAGAAGAAAGAGAUGAAUGAGAGAGAGAAAGAGCAGAAGAAAGUCAUGAAGGCUGAGAAAAAGAGGGAGAAGUUAGAACAGAAAAAGAGAGAGAAGGAAAGAAAAGAGAAGGAAAAGGCAGAGAAAAAGAGGUUAGAGGGGCUGAUGAAGAUACAUAAUGACAUGAUGAAAGACAGGAUUAAGAAAGAGAAGAAGUGUUCUGAGGAGCUGAAAAAAAGAGAGAAAGCUCAAGCUGAGUUCUUGGAGAUGGAGAGAAAGAUUCAAGAAAAGGAGGAGAAGAAGAGAGAAAAGAGGAGGAAAGAGGAGAGGAAGAGACUCGAGAAGAAGAAAAAGAGGGAGCCAGCUGGAGAUGGAACUGAGAGGGUGAUAGAAGAGCAGGGAAAGGAUGAAAGCUUGAAGAUGGAUGAGUAGACUGGGUAUUAGAGAGAGAGAGCAGGGCGGGAUACUGUAUUUUUGCAUGCAAUGAAAAAUGCAAUAAAAAAAAUCUAUAAAAAAGGUUUACUCUCUGUUUGAUUUUUGUCAAGGCAUACUGUAUAACACAGUUUAAACACACAAUGUUUACAUUUCACAAAUCUGGGAAGGGAAGAUGAUAGAUGAAAGAUGAUAGAGAGGAAUACGAUAGAGAGGAAAAUGAUAGAGAGGAAUAUGAUAGAGAGGAAUAUGCUAGAGAGGAAUAUGAUAUUUUAUUAAUUUUAUUUAAUUGAACACUUAUUUAACUCGGCAAGUCAGUUAAGAACGAAUUUUGAUUUACAAUGAC